UCUGCCCUGAGGGUUAAACUGGUCGCCAACGCCGCCAGCCGUCGACACUGCCAUGGAUCAGAUACAGUUUCAGAACUUCAAGGUGCAGCUGCAUCCGCAAUGCACCGUGAAGAAUACGUUUCUCAACGUCGAAGACAAUGUUUCCAGCGACGAGGAAUUGUACACUCCUUUUGAGAGGUGCAAUAUGUCGGCGCCUCCGGUCCUCCAGGACCCGGCCUAUGUGCGCACAGACGGUUCGUCGGCCCGGGACUACUACAUGCGUCUUCCGGGCCCGUGCUCUCAAAUCCUACAGGUCUCCUUCCCGGAACAGAUUUGCGAAGAUGACCUUCAUAUCCCCAGGACAUCUCUGUCAAAUAAGCUGUCAUCCGGGACACACGAUGAGCAGGACAAGUCUGCAGUACAACCCAUGAAGAGUGCUGGCAGUGCAGGGCAUCCGGACAAUUGCAAGGAGUGCACCUUUUUUUUCUUCAGCGCAGCUGGCUGCCGAAAUGGCGUCGGUUGCAGUUUCUGCCACGAGUUCCAUCCAAGGAAGAAUAACAAGAAGAACCGCCGCAUCAUGCGUACUUUGCAAACACGCGAGACUCAUGAUGGAAAGGACGGGCAGGAGGAACACUCCGACUGUCAUGCUUCGAAAGCAGACGAGUUAGAGGCUAAAGGUGAAGCUGUCCAAGCUGCCCCGCAGCCGGGAGGCGACGGGAUGCUUCGCUUGAGUUACGACAAGGCUGGAGAAUCUGAAGGAGGUGCCACUGCAUUGUCCCUGGUUGCAGGCAUUCGAACUUGUUUGCGCCCACGGCUCAGCUACGCCAGCGCGGAGGGCCAGCGGUGCCUGGAGCCCACCUUGGCCUUUAUGGUCCAGCCUCCGCUGCCUCCAGGGCUUCUUUGGGACGCCAAGACGGGGACCAUUUCGGGCGUGCCUGAAGCCACUGCGAAGGCCAGCGUGAACAUCGUCACAGUCAAGGUUCCUGCACAGGGCUACGGCGGUAUCUCCUUGGGGGAUGUCCCGUUGGCCAGCUGCACGCUGAUCAUCAAUGUGCGACCGCUUGAGAACUUCGUCGUCUCGGGCUCCAGUUCUGCAGAAGUGCUACUGACUGCAAGUGAUCCGUGAGCAGACCGUAAUGGAUUGCUGGGAGCGAAUAUUGGUCUCUUUGUUGCGAGGUUUCUGUUAAUCUAAUGGGCCCUGCAGAGGCUGGGUAACUAGGU